AUGUCCAAGAAAUACAUGUCCCGUCCACCAUAUUGUUUUGGUGAGAUUCCUGAUUAUUCCACUCCGCCCAUGACAGUGGAGGAAUACCAGUAUUAUGAACGAGAGUUCUUUGGAUUUCUUGAAGAAAAAACAAUCCUCAAACCAGUAGAAGAAGGUGCUGGUUUAUUUCAAAGAUUCCUGCAGUUUACAGGCAUUUCAAAGGUCACCAAAUAUGAAGAUAAAAUAUCAGAUAUCAAGUUUGACAUCCAUGGUGAAACUGGAGAUAAUUUGGACUGCUUAGUAAAAUCUAUCACACCAACUCCUCAACAAUCUACCAGAAGAGUUGUUAAAACAGAAAACAAAGCUACACAGACUGACGAUGUUGCUACUUGUGAUCAGGAAGUUCAAGCAGUUAAACCGAAAAGACGAGCUGUAAAAUCUAUUAGGCGAUUCUUCCGACGAUCAUUCAAGUGCUUCAAAACAGAAGAGUAA